CCCCAAUUGGUUGAGAAACACUCUUCUCCAGUUUACAUGACCUGCAUCAAGCUUAGUAUCCCAAACACGGCGUCAAUUGCCGAGCCCCGUCGGUCCAAGACCUCCGCGCACCGGAAAUCAUGACUUUUCUCCGCCCUGAUAAACAUUGAAUUCAGUGCCAAGCUGUGUAUCAGAUCCACUGCGGUCUUUAUCUGCAGGUCAAACUAAAUAGUCUGUUUGUAGAAAAAGGCGCGCCCUUGCUCUGAAGUCUACGCCCUGGCGCAACAUGUUUUAUCUUGUGCGGGGAAACGAUUCACUACCGAUUUGACGUAGCCGACAAGGGUUGAUUGACCAGUUGCGUUUUACUUAAAGAACCUUGACAUCUAACGUAUAUCAUUUGGUUGGCUUGGUAUCGACUCAUUCUCUUUAGGGCUGUUGAAUUGAUCACCGAGAUGGCUAUCCUCCCAAUCGCGGCAGCUGUAGUCGCUGUCGUGCUCUUCAUCAAGCACAUCUUCCUCGAUCCCCUCAUCCUCAGCCCCCUCCGCCACGUCCCCGGCCCCAAAUCCUUCGCCGCAACAAAAUGGCGUCUCGCCUACGAAGAUUGGAAAGGAACGCGAACUCGCACAAUUUUUAAACUACACCAACAAUACGGACCAGUCGUGCGCAUCGGUCCCCAUGAGGUCUCUUUCAACAGUCUUUCCGCAUUGCGAACAAUCUACGGACCCGGGAGCCGAUAUGGCCGGACCACAUUCUAUCGCAUGUUUGACGUCUAUGGUGAGCAGAACUUGUUCACGUUCCAUUCACCCAAGGAGCAUGGUGAUAGGAAGAAGCUUUUGUCGCAUGCUUAUUCCAAAUCCGUUGUUCUCAAGCCGCCGACUGCGAAAAUGGUGGAAAGAAGGGUUCGCCAGUACCUGGAUCUGAUUGAAGCCGAGCCUGAUAAUGUCAGUGAGAUUUUCAGCACUCUACAUUACUACUCACUCGACAACAUCACAGCGUUUGUUUACGGAAAGUAUGGCCAAACUGCAGCGAUUCGAGGCUCAAGGAUUCAUCGGGAACUCAUCUCAGAUAUCUUGCACCCCUCUCGUCGAAAGCUUUCUUGGUCUAUCGUGCAUCUAAAGGCAUUGACUCAAUGGCUAUAUCGUCAGUCAGGAUUGAUGGGACAACUCGUUAAGCCAGUUCUUCCGAUGCAGCAACCUACUACGUACACUGGUAUCCGAGGGUACGCUCUGCGGGCUUUCGAGGCUUUUCGGGCUGAUGUUGAGAAGAUCACUCAUUCAGAGGACGAGCAUGUUUCGAUCGUGGAAAGUCUCUGGCAACAUCAUGAAUCCCAGAAACCAGGUGGACUCCGCGAUUUGCAAAUGGCAUCCGAAUGCGCUGACCACUUCCUCGCUGGCAUCGACACCACUAGUGACACCCUCAUGUUCCUCGUUUGGGCACUCUCACUUCCAGGCAAUGAGAAGUAUCAGGAAAAGUUAAGAGAAGAAGUCAUGGCUAUUUCAGGUGAUGGAUUGAACCAGUGGGGUAAUCCCAGAGCUGAAGCAAGUGAUCGAUGCACAUAUAUCAACGCUGUCAUUAAGGAGACUCUACGACUCUAUGCACCGCUACCAAGCACGGAACCUCGCUCGAUCGAGAUUGAUUCGGUCAUUGAUGGAUAUACCAUUCCUGGCAACACUGUUGUCGGCAUGUCACCUUGGAUCAUGCAUCGCAACGAAGCUGUCUUCAAGAAUCCCUUGGUCUUCAACCCUGAUAGAUGGUUGGGACCAGAUGCGGCGGAAUUGAACCGAUGGUUCUGGGGAUUCUCAAGUGGCGGACGAAUGUGCAUUGGCAUGCAUCUUGCUAUGGCCGAGAUGACGACACUCGCAGCCACCAUGUACCGGCAGUUUAGGACGACAAUUGCUCCAGGGUUCGAGGAUACUACUCCCGCUAUUACAGCUCGCGUUGAGACUUUCUAUGAUGAUCGAUUCCCCAAGGUUCAGGAAUCUAAAUGUCUGAUCAAGUUUACGAAAUUGAAGGACUGAGAGGAGGUUGUUUAUUUUAUAUCUUGUAAGCUUGGGAGUCGAUUCUGUCCUGUAAACCGAAAGGUGAUCUUUGUAGCGCUGAGGGCGAGAGUAAUGGCAAGAUGAAACUACUCUAACAACAAGACCGCGGUAAAACAAUAUAUCAUGAAAGCACUCUUGUGAGCCUUAAUAAGCACCAUGAAGCUUCACUGACAGCCCUGAAUCUCAUUUCCACAUCCCCACAAAUCUUCAAAAUGCAACGCCACAAUCCAAUAGUUUCACAGGGCAUGUUGGAUCGAGACUCCCAGUCAGCAGCGCCACUUUCAAUAGUUUCCAGAAUAAAACGAUGGUCAAGAGGACUGGCCCUACCAACGGAAAGAAAUAUGGAAACUUUGGUCCGCGGAGUUGAGCUGUCAGGGUGACUUGAUUUGUUGUUGAAGCUAGUUUAGCGUGAGC